AUGAUGAACCUGAUCUCAGCCGAAAUAAACUUCUAUUGUAUUCUCAUAGAAAAUCUCGAACGACUUUCGCGACAGCAAAAUGGAAUGACGCUUUGGAAAAUGAAUAACCAAUGCGCGAGUCAAGAGGAAGGAAUAAAUACAUCACACCCAUAUAUUUUGGCUGUCAAAACAAACAAAAUGAAUCAUCCACAACGAAAUCAGAACGAAAAUCAAGCACCGGAAGCCGCGAGUGGAGGGCAACAACCGGAACAUAGGACUUCAAUUUGCGCCAUCUGUAUUGAAGACAUAGAGAUCCAAGAGCCAAUGUGGCCGUGUCGUGAAUGUAACACAGAAUUUCAUAAAAGUUGUCUGAUUAGAUGGUUAAGUGACCAAACACGUCGUGAGCAAAGACUCACCUGCAGAGUUUGCCAAACCGAUAUGACGUCCAUUAUAAACGCCUUAUUGUCAAUACCGAUUUGUCCCCUUUGCAACGCCGACUGUAAACGUGAAGGAUCAGUAUUUAUGGCAUGUGUUCGAGGAAAGCAAGAACUUCGCUGUCCUGACUUCCGCAAUAGCAUUUAUCAUCGCAAUGAACUUAACUGGCAUUUGGGGCAAUUACGUACAGAAAAUCGACCACUAUCAUGUGUUAAUAUAUUCUGCCGUGCAGAUCUGCGUUGGGUACUAGAGGGAGAAACACUUAUGACAUUGCUCACUUCACAUAUACAACCAAUUGAAAUCGAUCUCCAUAUUAAUCUUUUCUGA